CAUUUAAAUCAGUGCCAUCAGGUACAAAUACAAGUGCAUUUGUUGUUGUAUUUAUUUCUCACAGCAGCACAUCAUGGAUGGAGGCUGGAAGAAACUACUUUUCUUUGGGAGCGUCUGUGUGCUGCUGCAGGUCGCUCACCAGGCGGGUAAGAGUAGCUCAGCUAAAACGGAUGGAGUGAAGCUAAGUGGGACCUUGUUUUCCCCCCAAACUGUCUCUGACUUCCAGUACAUCCUCAUGAAAGUGGAAUAUGACUGGAUGACUGCCUCGAGCUACUGCAGUGAGCACUACCAAGGCCUGGCCACCAUAACUACUCAAGAGAACAUCACCAGAAUAAACAGCCUGAUGAAGGCUUAUCCCACACGCGCCGCUUGGAUCGGCCUGUAUGACGACGUCAGCGGCUGGAAAUGGUCUCUGCCGGACGAAGGUGUCACCGCGGGGGCGCAGAAGGAGUUUUGGAAUUGGCAGCAGGGUCAGCCGGACAACAACGGGUCGGACGAACGCUGCGUCUCCAUGACGGCCGGCGGCCUCUGGCGGGACAACAGCUGCACGCUCGUCAAUCUGCCGUUCGUUUGUUUCAACGCAAGCAGUGUGAACCCAUACACGCUGGUAUUUGAAGGGAUGAGCUGGGUGGAGGCUCAGAAGUUCUGCAGGCUGCAUGAGACGGACCUGGCCAGCGUGAGGAGUCUUAAGGAGAGUGAGGAGAUCCAGAACAUACUGCAAAAAAACAUGGAGGUCUGGAUCGGUCUGCACCGGGACUCCUGGAAUUGGUCCGACGGCACCAACUUCUCCUUCAGCAGCUGGUCGGAUGGACAGCCCGAUAAUGACGUCAACCCCGAGGCCUGCGUCAGCAUGCUGAACGGGGGGUGGAACGACACCCUCUGCAGCACCGGGUUGUACUUCAUCUGCCAAGGAAUACCAAUAGCAUCCACCACCAUCGUCCAGCCAGUUGUGCAGAGAAGGACUACCACGGUGAAGAUGAAGCUGAUGAGUAACGCCGACCUGGAGGACCCGGCCGUCAGUGACGACCUCUUGCGGCAGUUUGCGGCAGCUCUUAAGUCGCAGGGCGUCACUGACGUCAAGUUGACCUGGAAGACGUUGAGGAAAGAGCCGCAAACCACAAAGAGAGAUACGUGUGGACAGAUAAUAAACUAAAAUCUUAAAACGGAAGAUUUGAAACAGCGACGAUGGCGUCAGUUUUUCUUUAACCUUUUUCUUUCCUCUUCACCACCUUUCAGCAAUCAAAUCUGAAAUCACCAAUUACCUGAAAUUUGAUGUACAAUUGUGUGUGAAUUGAAUUUAGCGUGUUAUUAUUUGAAUUGGUUUCAUGCAAGUUUUUACUAGAUUGUCAUUGAGUUCCCAAUUGAUUUGAUUGACGUUUGUCUUUUCAGACUAAAAGGCUUUUCAUUCAGGAAAGCCUUUUUGAGUUAAAUCACUAUCAGCUAUUUAUUUUCUUAUUGUAGUUUUUAUUACUAUACACUGUCUCUGCUGCAUUCGUUGGAAUUAAAAGUGCGUUACAAAAAAA